GUCGGUGGCAUCACUGGCCGAGCUCGCGGCGCCGUUGCCCAGGCCCGUGCUUUCGUUGCCCACGCCCGUGCCGGCCUUGUCAAUGGUUCGCUCCAGGUUGGUCCAUAGCAACCUUGGCUCAAGCUUUCUCGGCCACAGCUUCGCCCCGGCUGCUUUCCUGGCGCCAACCAAGGUUAAGGGACCAUGGCCCUCCGCUCCAGCGUGCUCACGACGGCCGCCGUGGCUGCCCUGUGCCUCCUGGCGCUGCGCGGCCUGCUCGCCCCGGGCCAGAGCCAGGCCGCCUUCGCUGCCCCCGAGGCCGGCCGCACGCAGUCGGUCCACCGCCACUGCAGGCCCGUGGCGGGCAGCGACCGCAUCCUCGCCUCCGGCGCUGCCCCGGCCGUUCUGAGCACCGUCCCGGCGCGCCAGGGCGUCGCCGCGCACUUCAAGGUGACGCUGGAGACGCCGGACGGCACCCAGGAGUUCGAGUGCCCCGAGGACGUGUACAUCCUCGACCAGGCCGAGGAGGAGGGCCUCGAGCUGCCCUACUCCUGCCGCGCGGGCUCGUGCUCGAGCUGCGCGGGCAAGGUGCUGUCGGGCGAGAUCGACCAGUCGGACCAGGCCUUCUUGGACGAGGACCAGACGGGGGAGGGCUUCUGCCUCACGUGCGUGACGUACGCGACCUCGGACGUGACUAUCAAGACCCACUGCGAGGACGAUCUGUGAGGUGUCGAGGACGUGGUCGGAGCACAGCAGGGUCAGCGGCACGCGGCACUGGUGCCGAUUUGCUCCGCUGCCUCCGUCGAUCCCCAUAUCUAGCGAGUGCUCGGUGGAGCCUCGUGGUUUUCAGGAUUUUCUUGCAUUCGGCAUGCGCUCAAGGACGCGCGUGCUCCAACUUGCGUGGAUAGCUGCGGAGUGGCAUGGUGGUCACCGCAGAACACCUUCGAUCACAGAACAAAAUGAUCCGUUCCAGUUUUGUGUCCAAGGAAUCUAGGCGCGCCCAGCGUCGCAGAAUCUUGAGAACGAGCGCUGCGGCCCCCGUCGGCUCGGUGUGCGUGAAGCGCCCAAUGUGACUGCAUGGGGCUGUCUCGGAGGUGAUGUGCACGCAAAAGUGCACGCGCCCAUUUCCAAUUCUUGUUCGUGGGCUUCACGACGACGUUGGG